UUCAUCUGAUGACGUGACCUCAAAGCAAGAGUGAGGAGUGAUAUCGGAAAGUGAAGCCCAAAUUACUUUGUUAUUUCACCGAAAACUAACCUGUGAACUGAAAUGAUAUACUUUCGUAUGUUUUUUGGCUACCACUUCCGUGCACUUCAAUGUACCAUUGUCCAAUAAUGUUUUUAAUCGCACACUUCAGACUUAAUACCAAAAACCUAGGAAUAACCAAAAACCAAAAGUUUGUUUCCUCUUUGCCAAAAACAAACGUUAUAAAAUAACAAUCAUAUGUGUACAUAAAUUUACUUGUGACGUGUAACUGUAUUCAACAAAUUUUAUUACACAGAAAGUACCUAUGGAUGGAGAUAAUGACACAGUACUUAUUAAAAUCGAACCAAAACAACAAGAAGAGAUCUAUUCCUCUCUUCAGGGACAGAUUUCAGUAAGCAACGAAGUUUUGGUGACGAUAAAGGAAGAAAAUACCAUUAGUACACAGUGUUCUGAAUCUCUUUAUAAUGAAGAAGUACAGCGACAUACACAACAACUUCAACUUUUACCUCAGUGUAAAACAAAUCAUAAAUGCUAUCUUAAAAAACACCUUUUAAAACAUAAAGUUUCUAAUGAUUUUAAAUGUGCAGAUUGUGAUCAUGAAACAAACCAUAAGUAUAACUUUAACCAACACCUUUUAAUACAUAAAGUUGAGAAGUAUUUUAAAUGUACUGAUUGUGAUUACGUGACCCAUUAUAAAGGCAACUUCAAACGACAUCUUUUAAAACAUAAAGUUUCUAAGGAUUAUAAAUGUGCUACUUGUAAUUAUGGGACAAAUAAUAAACGCAACCUCAAACAACAUCUUUUAACACAUAAAGUUUUUAAUGGUUUGAAAUGUGCUGAUUGUGAUUAUGAGACAUACAAUAAAUAUUAUUUUAAGCUUCACCUUUUAGAACAUAAAAUUUCUAAGGUUUUUAAAUGCGGUGUUUGUCAUUAUGGGACCCAUACUAAAGGCAACUUGAAGCAACAUCUUUUAACACAUAAAGUUGUAAAGGAUUUUAAAUGUGCUACUUGUAAUUAUGGGACAAAUAGAAAACACAACUUCGAACAACAUCUUUUAACACAUAAAGUGUUUAAAGAUUUUAAAUGUGCCCAUUGUGAUUAUGAGACAUACAAUAAAUAUUACUUCAACCAACACAUUUUAAAACAUAAGAUUUAUAAGGAUUUUAAAUGUGCCGAUUGUGAUUAUGAGACAAACAAUAAGUAUUACUUUAACCAACACCUUUUAAGACAUAAAAUUUCUAAGGAUUUUAAAUGUGGUGAUUGUGAUUAUGAGUCAAAUAUUAAACGCGACUUCAAACAACAUCUUUUAAAACAUAACAUUUCUAAGGUUUUUAAAUGUGGUGUUUGUCAUUAUGGGACCAAUACUAAAGGCAACUUCAACCAACAUCUUUUAACACAUAAAGUUGCUAAGGAUUUUAAAUGUGCUACUUGUGAUUAUGAUACAAACCUUAAAUCCUGUCUUAAAAAGCACCUUUUAAAACAUAAAAGGGAAAGUUUUGAAGUGUACUAAUUGUGAUUAUGAGAUAAAUAAUAGGUUGGACUUUGAGCAACCGCUUUUGGGAUACAUAUUAGGCGUUAUCUUCAAAUACAGGUACUCCUGAGCUUCUCUCAUUGAAAGGAGAAAAUGUAUCGACUACUAAAUAUAUUUCACAAAAUGUAUUACAAGUAUAUCUAGAUUACAAA